UCGGAGUGCCUGCUUGCUACAUUGCCCUAAAACUUGUUUUUCUUCUCUGAUUUGUGUUUCGCAACUCAGCACGGUGGGAGUGGGAGGACACAGGCGGGAUGAGUAGUGGCGGGCCUGUCUUGAGCACCCCAAUUUCUGACGAAAACACGGCGUUGACUCUGCUCAAGCCAGUCACAAUGUCCCGGGAGCCGACCGAAGAGACGGCGGUCUUUGAAGACAUCAAGCCCCCAAUACGGAUCCUGGAGAAUCAGCACGAAUUGGCACAGGCCCGAUCCGAAAUGGACAAGUACCUCUCCGGCCAAGCGCCCCCUGCACCCAUGGUGCCAGACAAGAAGUACCGCCGGGAGAGCGCGUCGGUGGUGGAUGAGUUUUUCUCCGCCGAGAAGCCCCUGGCGGCGGGCCCCUACAGUGUGAAUAUCAACGUGAUCCUGCAGGACUCCACCCACCUGCGCACGGGGCUCUACCGGCCCGCUAAGCCGCUCGCCCCCUUUCCCCAGAUCAAAAUGGAGCCCGGCACCAGCUUUGCCCAGCCCUGCUCCUCCAGCGCUGGGGUCACCCAGACCCUGCCAGACUUCACCAGCGUCUUCAGCAUGCCCCAGUCGGUGGCGGCCAGCAAUAUCUUCGUCAAGCAAGAGAUGCCUUCCGACAUCCCUCUGUCUUCAGGCCCCCAGCCGAGCCUGCUCUACCAGCUGCCCGUGGGCAGCGGCGACGGGGAGAUGACCACCCUGGCCCACUCCACUUGCGGGGCCACGGCCAUCAGCACCAUGAGUGGUGUCACCAUGGCGACCAACACCAGCAGCGUGCUGGAUUCCAGAGCCAUGCCCAGGCCCAUCCGGCCAGGAGGGCCAACCAAGCCGUUCCAAGUGGGGCCCCCAGAACAAGGCAACUUCCCUAUGCCAGGGCAAUUCUACCCUGUCCCAGGGGUGAGCCUGCCCCCUUCGCCCCCCAACUCACAGCCCGGCAGCCCCGAGAACCAGCCCGAACUCAUCAACACCCUCUCGCCGCCUCCGCCGCCGUACAAGGCUCCUUUUGGACUGAAACCGGCCCCACUGGGCCAGAUGCCCCCGCUUCCCAAUGGCCUCGGGACGCUGGCCCAAGGGCACGUCAUCCUGCAGACCCCCAAAUACAACCGGAGGAACAACCCAGAGCUGGAGAAGAGGCGGAUUCACCACUGUGAUUACCCUGGUUGCACAAAGGUUUACACCAAAAGUUCACACCUGAAGGCACAUCAGAGGACUCACACAGGGGAGAAGCCCUACAAGUGCACGUGGGAGGGCUGUGACUGGCGCUUCGCCCGCUCCGACGAAUUGACCCGGCACUACCGCAAGCACACGGGGGCCAAGCCUUUCAAGUGCGUGGCGUGCGGGCGCUGCUUCUCCCGUUCCGACCACCUGGCCCUGCACAUGAAGAGGCAUCAGAACUGAAGGUGCUUCUUCCUCCGGCCGGGGGCGUCCCUCUGUACAUAGUCACCCCCUAGCUGCACCGUGAUCAAAAUGGCCACAGGUCUGCCAUCAGCCUUGGCUUUGCUGACACCUCAAGCAGUCUGAAUACAGACCUGAGAUAGAGAUGAAGCCGCAUCUGGGAAAGAUACGUGGGUUAGGGGGUUGGGACCCCUCCUUUAUACCACCGGGAGCUGCUGCUUGCUCUCCAGAACAUGGACCACUGAUGCCCAGGAGGUGGGGCUCCUGCUGCUUGCAAACUCUUGGGCUUCCCUGGCAUCCUGCAUCUCCUUGGGAAUAACCGGGCUUGUGGCUGCAGAAUUGCAACCCUGGGAUGUAUGGCCACUGGCUGGACUUUUGUUCUGUGACCACUUGGGGGUUCCCAGAAUCCCUUGGAACUUCUAAGGGCUUGAAAGAUCAGGCUGGUUCAAGUCAGCGAAUGGGGCACACCAGUAGCCAUGAUCUGGCUCAGCAAGACACCCCCACAGGCAGCUCCUUGUGUGACCCAUCAGACUUUCCACGUGGACGGAAAGAGGUGGCAUUACUUCACGUCCUUUGUCGGGUAUUCCUGAAGGUGCCUGCAUUGCAGCCUUGGAUUCUCAUCUCUCCAUGAGAACCAGUUUGGAUGGAGAAGGAAAAAGCAACAUACACACCAGGGAAAUUUCUAGCAUUGAUCCCCAAACCCUGUGCACCCCUUGGUCUCCCAGAAUGCACUGAGAAUCUGCCCUCUUGACAUGAGCAGAAGAAACCUUCUCUCGCAAUGGACUGCUCUUUUGCAGUGGCCUGAUGUGGAUUUUGCCAAACGCUAAAAGCCAUCUUGGAAACAAGUCCCGGUCCCUCUUAGUUGCUAGUGUGGGACUGGUUUCCCCACUACUUCACAGAUGGCCUCGGAAGACCUGCUGCUGACCUUGCCGAGGAGGUGAUGGAAACGUAGCUGGUGUUCUGUCCAGAGGCAUUACAGAAACAGGUGGGCCAUCAGUACAAGUGGAAGGGCAGCAAGGAUGCUUGUCCAUCACACAAGUAACAAGGACUCCCCAUGCAGAUGUCUCCAUGGAUUUCUACUCUUGACGAACUGAUCCAGGAUCUAGUGAUGCCGGCUAGGGGGUUGGGCCCCCCAUCUGAGCCUGGGCAAGCUUGGGCUUGGGCUUGCCCUGGACGAACUAGAACUUUGAUUUGGAUUUUGACAAGGGGUAGCUGCCCCAGCUGUGUCUUUAAAUCAGCCAGCAGGAAUCGUCAUAACUGUAGCCAAAACAAAGGUGCGCAUGGUUGGCUCAUGCCCCUUCACCUUGGGAGGCCCAGCCAGGUGCGAGCAUCCAUAACACAAUGCCCUUGCUCUAACCCCAUGAAUCUGGGGAGCCCAGCAGGGCCUGUGUCUUUGGCUGCAAUCCAUUUCCCUCUGUGCCUUCAUUGUAUCUGUCAGGAAGGGUUGGGACACCAUUUUCACCUGUGGGAACUUGGGCAGGGUAUGCUUAGGUCUCUCCACUUCUGGGCCAGAUAGUACAGCCCAGGCAGUGGGUCUUGCUCCCUUUUGGAUGCUGUUUGCUUAGUACAUAUAGAAAUACUCGCCCAGAGUUUGAGCAUCACCUAAGAGCCAUCCAAUGGUCUGCCGGGGACCUCUUCUCAGCUGCCAGGCCCUGUGAGUUACCUCCAGUUCCCAGUCUCUUAGCUGAAAAGAACCUCUCAAGCAAGUGCUGCUCAAUCCGCUUCUAGAAAUAUUGGGUUGUCCUGGCUGGAGGGUUGUGUGGGUUUUUACAUUCCCAGUUAUGGGUCCUCUCAGACGUCAAGGGUUUACUUGGUGGCAGGAGGGGAAAGUGUGAAAGCAGUGCUCCCUGUAACAGGGAUUCUCAGAUGGUGUUGACUACAACUCCCAUAAUCCCCAGCAGCAAUGGGCUUUGGCUGGGUGUUAUGGGAGUUGUAGUCAUGCUAAAAAUAUGCUAAAAUAAAUAAACCAACCGCAUCUGGGAAGCCGUGUUUCAGGGAACACAGGUGUGAAGUAUCUAUUUGUGACGUGCUAAUUUUUAAUGUUAUGGCCAAUAACAGCUUCCCUCCCAGGUCAGUUAGAACUUGGGGGGGGGGCAAUUUUUGGUAACCCCAUAGGAUGGGGAGGAAAGGACUAAUCGCCCUGAUUAAUCCCCACAAGAGCUCUGUGGCUGCUCUUUUUCAUUCCAGCCUCUCCACCACAUUGACGUCUUCUUUGAUACAUGUUUAAGUCUUGCAUUCCAAGAGUUUCUUUGGCCAGUACUGAGUUUGUGCAAACCAGUCCGCUUUCCCCAUUUCUUGCCACCACCUUGGUUUAACUUCCUACUCUGAGCUGGAAUCUCCUCUAGCAAUAGAAUUGCCAACUGGGACUGAAGCUAUUCUUGGGAGAUAAAGAAAAAGGUAAAGGUGUGCCGUUGAGUUGGUGUCGACUCCUGGCGACCACAGAGCCCUGUGGUGGUCUUUGGCAGAAAACAGGAGGGGUUGACCAUUGCCAGUCUGAGAUGAUGCCUUUCAGCAUCUCCCUCUCUGCCAAAGCCAUUUCCAGCCACAGGGCCAGUUUUUGAGUGUGCUGCCUGCCCUGUUGAUUAGUCCUCUGCCCCAUAGCUGCAAUGAGAACAUGCAGAAGUGGGAAGGCCACCCUGGCCCAGAGGUCUCGGCUUGCCCAUCCCCACUAUAUACACACUUUACCAUGAAAGGGAAGGAAGCGAUCUGGUCUUGUGGUAGCAAGCACGGAUUUCCCCUUUGCUAAACAGGGUUCACCCUGGUUUGCAUUUGAAUGGGAGACUGUGUGAGCUAUUAGAAGAUGGGGCCACUCUGGGAAGAGCACCUGCAUGCAGAAGGUUCCAAAUUCCCUCCCUGGCAGCAUCUCCAAGAUAGGGCUGGGAGAGACUCCAGCCUGCAACCUUGGAGAAGCUGCUGCCAGUGUGGGUAGACAACACUGAGCUAGAUAGACCAAGGGGCUGACUCAGUAUAAGGCAGCUCCUCUCUCUCCAAGGGUUGCCAACCAGUCCUUUGCUUUCUCUUACCCAAGGCUGGGUGGGAAGGACACUGGAAAGUGGCAAUUCCCUGGAAAAGAGCUGGCUGGAAAAGGUCACCUCCCAGGUCAGGGUCCUCACACUCCAGAACGGUGAGUGGGGAAAGCCCGGAUGGGGGCUCUUGGAUUUAACACAUUGCUGUCUCCCGGGGAACCUUGAGAAUAGAUGCUUUCUUAAAAGCACCUUUUCAAACUUUGCAGUCAUAGCCAACAUCAGGAGAGCAUUUCCUUACUUUGAGACCCCGUUCAGGCUUGGGCUUUGGUUUUGGUUUUGGCAACCUGUGGCAAAAAAGGGCUCCCAAACAUGCAUGCAGCCCAAUGGGAAAGUGCCAGCGAUUCAAAGCCCGUUGCUGGAAUCCUGUUCUGGGGCAGAAUUUGCAUUCCUGCAACCAAGAUUUGGGAUAGGCAGUGCAGAAGUGCAGUGGAAGUUCUCCGGCAGUCCACUUCUGAAUACCUGCCAUGGUGGUUGGGCAGCAGGUCACACCAGGAAGGAAGAGGCGGCCACAACCUCCACGCCUUGCUUGGAAGUGUGGGUAGGCUGGCCGCCCCUAUUGAAACAAGAUUCUGGCUGGGGACGGGGUCACUCUGAGCCAACAGGGUCUUCUUGGUGCUCUUUUGAAAUCUGCACACGCAGACACUCUACUCAGAGGCAAAAGCCUGCCUUGUGCGAGCAGCUGCCAAGCCAAACGGUUGUGUCUUUCUCUGCCCAGCCACACUAAACCUCUUUCCCUGCAGGCUGCCAGUUGUGGAGCGACAUUUGGGGCUCCAGGCUCAUUCCUAAACGCUUAUCCUCUUCCCAGACCCAUUUUGUAGAGAACAACACACUGAGGGUUCAACAAUGCUCCUGUGGCGGCUUCUGCGUCCCCCCAAAGUAGUGGGGACCUCUCUGUAUAUAGGAGAGUCCGCUGUACAGAAUGUUAUAUGCAAAUGUUAAAGCCAGAGUUCCCAACUCUGGGUUCCCAGAUGUUGCUGGACUACAACUCCCAUCACCCCCUGCAAGAGCUAGUGUUGGUGUAGUCCAACACCAUCUGGAAAGGCAAAGUUGGGAGCCCCCUGCCUUAAAGAAUGAUGUUUUCCUUUAUAUAUGUGUGUUUGUGUGUGUUAUAUGAACACAGAAUGGAACCUCUGGUGCGGGCAAGGUUUGUAUCUGCUUCUUUUAAUAUAUGUGUAAUUUUCCUCAUGUUUUGUAAUAAAAUCUUGGUGUUGACAGGA